AUGCACAUCAAAACCGGGAACUACCCAUCGCUUCAAAUGGCGCAGGGCUCCUCUGGCCACCCGCACCACCGCUUGGAGAAAGUUGUUGAUCUUGAGUUCUUUGCUUUUGCCGCCCCGGCUGUGUCUGGUCCCAUGGUCCCUUUUAGCGCAUCUGUUGCCACAUCUGGUCCAGCGUCUUCCUCUUCAUCUAAUAAUAAUGGCAACCAGGUUUCCCGUUUUGCUUCUGUGUCUUCUGCCUCAGCCCAGCCUCCCACUGAUUCUGACAACGAUGAGUCUGAUGGGUCUGUGUCUGAACCUCCCGCCAGCCGUACCACCCCCACCCGGCGCCAGCCCACCAACAAGCAGCAGCCUUCCAACAGUAAACAACGCGCUACCACCGUUUCCAAGCGCCCUCUCACCGACCACCCGUUCCCAGCAUGA